AUGAUGGACGGCCGCCUCCUGGAGCACCCGCAUGCCCAGUUCGGGGGCUCGCUGGGCGGCGUGGUGGGCUUCCCCUACCCGCUGGGCCACCACCACGUGUACGAGCUGGCCGGCCACCAGCUGCAGUCGGCCGCCGCCGCGGCCGCCGCCGCCUCGGUGCCGUUCUCCAUCGACGGCCUGCUCAGCGGCUCGUGCGCCGCCGCCGCCGCCUCGGUGGUCAACCCCGCGCCGCUGCUGCCGGCCGCCUGCGGGGUGGGCGGCGACAGCCAGCCCUUCAAGCUGUCAGACUCGGGGGACCCGGACAAGGAGAGCCCGGGCUGCAAGCGGCGGCGCACCCGCACCAACUUCACCGGCUGGCAGCUGGAGGAGCUGGAGAAGGCGUUCAAUGAGAGCCACUACCCCGACGUGUUCAUGCGCGAGGCUCUGGCGCUGCGCCUGGAUCUGGUCGAGUCCCGAGUUCAGGUCUGGUUCCAAAACCGCCGCGCCAAGUGGAGGAAGAAGGAGAACACCAAGAAGGGCCCCGGGCGGCCCGCGCACAACUCCCACCCGACCACGUGCAGUGGCGAGCCGAUGGACCCGGAGGAGAUCGCGCGCAAGGAGCUGGAGAAGAUGGAGAAGAAGAAGCGCAAGCAUGAGAAGAAGCUACUCAAAAGCCAGAGCCGCCACCUGCACUCGCCCGGCGGCCUGUCCCUGCACAGCGCGCCCAGCUCCGACAGCGACAGCGGCGGCGGCGGCCUGUCCCCGGAGCCGCCCGAGCCGCCGCCGUCCGCCGCCGCGGCCAAGGGCCCCGGCGCGCACAACGCUGGCGCCGCCGCUGCAGCGCCCGCACCGCCUGGCGAGCCGCCUGCGCCCGGCACCUGCGACCCCGCCUUUUUCCCGAGCCAAAGAAGUGGCGCUGGCCCGCAGCCGCGGCUAGGCCGCCCCGUGGACAAGGAAGCGGCCCCGUGUGCACCGGGGGCGGGGGCGGCUGAGCGCGGGGCCGCGGGCCCGCCCAAGGCCAGCCCAUUCAGCGUGGAGAGCCUGCUGUCCGACUCGCCGCCGCGCCGGAAAGCGCCCCCAGCCAACGCGGCUGCCGCAGGGCUUGACUUCGCACCCGGGCUGCCAUGCGCGCCGAGGACCCUCAUCGGCAAGGGCCACUUUCUGCUCUAUCCCAUCACGCAGCCGCUCGGCUUCCUGGUACCGCAGGCUGCGCUCAAGGGCGGUGCGAGCCCUGAGCCCGCGCCCAAGGAUGCGCCUCCCGCGCCCUCCGUGCCGCCCGCUCCGCCCGCCCAGGCUAGCUUCGGGGCCUUCCAGGGGCCCGGCGGCGCUCCGGACUCGGCCUUCGCGCGCCGCAGCCCCGACGCUGUCGCCUCCCCGGGGGCCCCGACCCCGGCGCCUUUCCGGGACGCCGCGGCCUCGGCCGAGGGCGGCGGUGGGGACUGCGCGGAUGCGGGCACCGCCUGCCCAGCGGCCCUGCCGCCGCCGCCGCCGCCGCUCGCGCCGUCGCCUGGGCCUGGCUUGCGGGCUCCCAGCCCCGCUGCAGAGCCAGCCGUCGGCGGGGCCCCCGAGCCAGGCGCCUCUACCGGACCCAGCGCGCGGGAUGGCGAGGAGGUGGACAUGGACUGA